CUCAUUUGAAUUUAGGGAACUUUGGGAAAUUAGUCCCAGAGGAAGUUUGGGCCAUUUCUUCUGAGCUGAAGGGCUGGUUCUCUGCCUGGCCCGAUGGGGUUUGAGAAGGGAGAGAGGGGCCUCAUUCUCUCCUUACUUAAUUCUGCCCUCUCCCUGUCUCAGGGUUCAUUCAUGUUAUGCCCUUCCACCCCACAUUCCUCUACUCUUGACUUCAGGAAAUGUUGGUCAUUAUCUAUGAGACAAAGGUAAACACAGGAUGUCAAACAGAACAAACAGGAGACUGAGGUCAGAGUAAGGGAUGUUAAAUAUAUGCCUUGGAUAGGAGUCUGGGGGAGAGGAGAGUUUCAGAGACAGGAGAUGCUGUCAAAAUUUCUGUGCUCCAGUAUCUAAGACUAGGAGUUAGCUAGGAUCACCUACUAUGUGUCUAGCACUGCAUAACACGAAGUGUUUUUUGGGUAAGUGGAAAGGAAUGGGAAUAAGCUGUACUUCCCUCCCUCCACCACUCUCAUGAUCCUUUCCAAUUUCACUCCCACCAGUACCAGUGCUUUUUUUGAAUGUAUAACUUCUGUUUCUUCAGUCUGUAGAUCUUCCAGGCAUCUAUCUACCUUUGGCUUGUGGAGAGUAGGGAAGAAGUUCUAGCAGGUAUAAAUUGCAUAUAACCAUCUCCCCAGCCUAUCUACAUAAAGAGACCAGUAUUCUGUCCUGAAAAUAUUUCCUAGUUUAAGAUAAUCUCCUGUUCCACUAGCCUUUCCUACCUAGUACAGUUGAUCGUGGGCUUGAGGAGACUAGAAGAAAGCCAAAACUCAGAAAGGCGCCCUGGGCUUGGAUUGCAUGGAUGAGUAUGGGUUUACAAACAGCUGGGUCUGUGAGGCCACAGGGUGGCGCCAGAGUAAGGAUCUCCCUGAGAGAGGCCCAGGAACUACACUUCCCAGGAGGCCUUGUGCAGGCGCCCGAGACGGAGCAAUCGGAGGGGCAGGACCUGCGGACGCUUGCUUGUGAGGCGCUAGUGCAGCGUCGAUGGCUGGCCCAGUAAAGGACCGAGAGGCCUUCCAGAGGCUAAACUUCCUGUACCAGGCCGCCCACUGUGUCCUUGCGCAGGACCCCAAGAACCAGGCGCUGGCGAGGUUUUACUGCCACACGGAGAGGACCAUCGCAAAGCGGCUGGUCUUGCGGCGGGACCCCUCAGUGAAGAGGACCCUCUGUCGUGGCUGCUCUUCCCUUCUUAUCCCUGGCCUCACCUGCACCCAGCGUCAGAGACGAUGCAGGGGACAGCGCUGGACAGUACAGACCUGCCUAACAUGCCAGCGCAGCCAACGUUUCCUCAAUGAUCCUGAUCAUCUGCUCUGGGGAGACCGGCCUGAGGCCCAGCUGGGGAGCCAUGCAGAUCCCAAAUCUCCACAAACCCUGCCAAACACAGCCCACCCCAUUCUAGCCCACCUCUGUGAGGAGAAAGUGCAGCAUGAGAGCUCCAGCCACCAGUGAUGGAUUCAUCUUAUCUUCAAAAUAAAUAAAGUAUAUUGGUGUCUCA